GGGUUGGGGUGAGCUAGGCUCCGUUCAGGGAAGAAACUUUGAGGCAAAUAUAAACCCAGUGAAUCAGCAGGUCAACGGAGAGGCAGACUAUUCCCGCUUUCAAGAGGGAAUCCUCUCCUUAGCGGCCACCGGUUGCUAUGGAUUUCUCUGAAAAGCUCUCAGAAUAAUAGCGCUUCCCACUGCUGAUGUCAGCCCUCGGAGCUGCCGCAGCCUGUUGCUCGCGAUCAUCAAAUAAGCGCUCCACAUCCCCGGCUUCCCGCUCGCGCGGCGCUGCGAGAGGGGUGGGAGAGAGGAGAGCGUCCAGCGCACUCGCGCUUUCCCUCCGUUUCCGCGGGUGAGCCCUCGGCUCGUCUCCUGCCAAAAAAAACAAAAGAAAAAGAGAAAAAACAGAAGAAGAAGAAGAAGAAGCUGGCUGCUCAGAUCGGCUGGUUUCAUUUGUAGUGCGUAGGUGGGGGUGUGACUAACCGAUAGAGACAGAGGCAGGAGGUGGGCGGGGCCAUCGUGAUGUGACAGCGCCGGAGGCCGGUUACCAUGACGCUGCUGGCGGGAGACGGCUCGGAUUACGACUACAGCGCCCUGAGCUGCGCCUCCGACACCUCCCUCAACCCCCCUCCCCCGCUCCAGGAGCGCGAGGCCCUCAAGGGCGUCUUCUACAAGAGGGCCCGGCUCCUCCCCUCAGGCGAGGGGAGGGGCGCCGACCCCGCCCCCGUCCCGCCCCCCUCCUCCCGCCGGCUGCACGCCAUCAUCAACGUGGGCGGGCUGCGGUGCCAGCUGCCCUGGGCCACGCUGGAGGGCUUCCCGCUGACGCGGCUGGGCCGGCUCCGCCCCUGCGCCAGCUUCGACGAGAUCAUGCGCGUGUGCGACGACUACGACGUGGCGCGCAACGAGUUCUUCUUCGACCGCAACCCCUGCGCCUUCCGCGCCAUCCUCACCUUCCUGCGGGCGGGCAAGCUGCGGCUGCUGCGGGAGACCUGCGCCCUGUCCUUCCGCGACGAGCUGCUCUACUGGGGCGUGGCCGAGGAGAGCCUGGAGUGGUGCUGCCGCCGCAAGCUGCUCCAGCGCGUGGAGGAGUUCGAGGAGCUGGACCGGGCCGAGGAGCUGGAGGACGAGGCGGGGGACGGCGACGGGGACGGCGACGGGCCCCGGGAGGGCCCCAACGGGGCCGAGUCGCGCCCGGGCCUCUGCAUGGCCCGGCUCAGGGACAUGGUGGAGAGGCCGCACUCCGGCCUGCCGGGGAAGAUCUUCGCCUGCCUGUCGGUGCUCUUCGUCACCGUCACCGCCGUCAACCUGUCCAUCAGCACCAUGCCGGCCAUGAGGGAGGAGGAGGAGGAGGGCAAGUGCUCCAGGAUGUGCUACAACAUCUUCUUGGUGGAGACGGUGUGCGUGGCCUGGUUCUCCCUGGAGUUCACUCUGCGCUUCAUCCAGGACCGCAGCAAGCUGGCCUUCCUGCGGCAGCCGCUCAACCUGAUCGACGUGCUGGCCAUCCUGCCCUACUACGUCACCCUGCUGGUGGACAGCGCGUCGGGCGAGAAGCGGGUGGGCUCGGGCAGCAGCUACCUGGACAAGGUGGGCCUGGUGCUGCGGGUGCUGCGGGCGCUGCGCAUCCUGUACGUGAUGCGGCUGGCGCGCCACUCGCUGGGGCUGCAGACGCUGGGCCUGACCGCGCGCCGCUGCACGCGCGAGUUCGGCCUGCUCCUCCUCUUCCUGUGCGUGGCCAUCGCCCUCUACUCCCCGCUGCUCUACCUCAUCGAGAGCGAGGCGGCCGGCGGCUCGCGCGACUUCAGCAGCGUCCCCGUCACCUACUGGUGGGCCGUCAUCACCAUGACGACGGUGGGCUACGGGGACAUGGUGCCGCGCAGCGUGCCGGGCCAGGUGGUGGCGCUCAGCAGCAUCCUGAGCGGGAUCCUGCUCAUGGCCUUUCCCGUCACCUCCAUCUUCCACACCUUCUCGCGCUCAUACCUGGAGCUGAAGCAGGAGCAGCAGCGCCUCCUGCAGAGGAGGACUCACUUCCUGCUCCGCAACAGGGUGGCGGGGCUCAGCGGCCUGUCGCUGGAGAGCAACAUGCUGUUCGACAGCGUCUCCUCCUCCGAGGCCGGGGACGGCGAGGACUGACGCUUCAGUGGGGCCCACUGGGGGGAGAGGGGCGGGGU